UACACCUCCCCCUCCGUCUCGUUCAUUUUGCAGCUGCCCGAUUAUCGGGGCAGAAGGAAAGACCAUUCUGCACCAGGAGGAGGUGGGGAGUCUCGCUUUUUUGCCCCUCCUACCGCAGGGAACAAUGGAACCGUCUAAUGAUCGGGGCAAGGAAGAUCCCGUGUCUGGGUUCUGAUCGGAGGAGCCGCAGUCCGCCCGGCCAGCCUUUGCCCCAUCCUCUUCGGCCGCGGAUUUGCUUCGUAGCUCCAGAAAGCCUGUGUGUAAAAUUCCCGGUUUUCUUCGCUAGUCUAUACCAGCCCCUUAGAACUCAUGCCGCCGCCGCUGCUGCUGCUUCUGCCGCCUUCUUCUUCUCCUUUGGAACUCACUGCCUCUUGAUUGCUCGCGCAAAGUUCUUGGAAGGGAAGAGCGGAGGAGAGGAGAAUCAUGGUCCUUACGCAUCAAGUGUUGGGGUUUACGCCCCUUUCUUUCCUACCCCCUCCUCUCCUGCUUUCCUAGCCCCUGUCCUGAUUUCUAAGUUGGCCGGUUGCCCCCGCUCCUUCCCCUGCCUGCUCAACUUCCUCGUAGCCGGUGGGGAUGUCGCGAUCGCCUCCUCCUUCCUCCUCCGUCUUCUUCACACGGUCAGGGAGACCGAAACCGUCCUAGAUCUUCACGGACACAGGGGGAAGAUGUUGCAAAGUAUUGGCCUGACUCUCCUGGUCAUCGUGGCUACCUUGUUUUUUGUCUUGCUCUUCAUGCUCUGUGGUUGGUGCGUGGUCUGGCAGCUCUUCUUAUCAAAGUUUAAGUUCCUACGAGAGCUGAUUGGAGACACAGGAUCCCAACAAGGGGAUAGCGAAAAUGCAGAACCAGAAGCUGAACAGGAUGCGCUGCUGCUCACUCCACAGAGAAAUAGGCAGAAACCUGCACGUCAGCGAAAGGGACCGGCCGAAGAAGCAAGCUAAAAUGAAAUGCCUGGGUAAUUUCCAAACAACGGACGAGCAACGUCGGUUAAAUAGUUCAUUUCUACUGAUGUCCUAAGCAAAAAACCCAAACUAUUUCCAAAGAAGUUCAGAGAACAUUUAAAAACAAAAACAAAAUGGCAGUAGGGGGAGAGAAUGAAAAGCAAGAAGCAUCUUACGCUUUCUGGGCAGUUACGAGGAAGAGAAGUACAGAAAUAAUUUUCUGUUCCACUCCGAUUAUGCCUAGCUUUUGCACAAGGGUGAACACGAUCAACUGUUGGCUAAUGACAUCUUUAUAAGACUAUCACUAAUAACAAUUAACCUUUGCUCUUUGUGUAUCCAUUUUGUAUAGAAAUAUAUGUUUCUUUUAUGUAUGAACUCUGAAUAUUUCUAAGUGGUAUCACCCUCCCACAGGAUAAGGUCCAUAUAGAGGCUUCAUCAACCAACUUAAACAUAAUCAGGAAAUGAAAUUGGCAUUGGAUCUUAUGUCUGUUUUCAAGCUUCUUUAAAAAUGAAAACAUUUUGCCAGAUUAGUGCAUAACUGUAAAUGUUUAUGGAAAUCCCUUCUGUUUUUCCUUAAUAUAAAAAAGAGGAGCAUCUGUUACAAAUCCUCAUCUGAUAUCAUUUUUUUAAAGAAACUAAUCAGUUGGCUUUAAAAUGGACCUUUUUUCCCCCUCUUGUUUGCCUUUUUUUUUUUUUUUUUGCACCAAAAAUCAACUGAAACUAAUUACCGAACUCCGAUAUAGCUCCAGGGAUUAUAUUUUAUUACAGUCUACAGUCUGUUGUGCUUAAUGGUUUGACCAAAAACUUUGUAAUUAGUGUUGUUUUCCCAACUUUCCUCUUUAACAGCUACAUCUGAUGAACGCUCACAGUUCUGCUUGAAUUAUGUAUAAAGCAGCCCAGACAGUAGCAUCAAAAUUGUAGCUAAAACUGAACUAGAAUAUAUUGACUUCGAACUUUGAAUUGGUGCUAAAGAAGAACGAUCAUGAUUGUGAUUAUGACACCUAGCUUCUUCUUGGACUCCAUGGUGCACUUUCGUUGAACGUUCUUGAUGCUGUGCUCCAAAUUUUUAAUUUUGCUGAGCAGAAGGUGUAGAAAAGUCUCUUUAAUAGUUCACAGUUGCUAAAAAUAAACCCUCCUGAUGCCUACAGUUGAUGGCUCCAUUCUCUUGAAAAGCUUUUUUGGAGGCUUAAAUGUGGAUGAAGAACUUCAUUGAUUUUAUUUAUUUUCUAGUAGCAUUUGAAUAGGUAAACGGCUUUUAACGAUCUGUUCAGUAUUGAGAAGCUCACAAGUGGAUUUGUAGCUUAUUCCCUUCCUCCCCAUGACAUCCUACCAUUCAGCUGUAUGCAGUGGUUGCCUUAUUGUUCAUUUUUUGUGGCUGCUGUUGUUCUUUGCAGCAUAUAUCAAACAGGGUUUAGGAUUGUUGUAGUAUUUGUCAACUGGGCUUUUGCCCUUAAAAAAAAUUAACAUGCAAUGCUCAGUCCUUGAAUUCAAGAUCUUACCAAUAAACAUCUGUUUUGUUUUGUUGUUGUUUUUAAGAAAAAAAAAAAACCACUUCUAGCUGUACCUGGUAGAAGCAAGUACUUGAAAUAAUGCCAAUUGUAUUCAGUGUAUUCAGAGUAAUUGGACUCAGGUUUUCUCACUUAACCACAGACACAAUGUUUGCCUUACAGGGUUUACAUGCUGACAUGACAUGCUUAAUAAUGUCAGGGGUUUGGUUUUUUUUUCAUGCACCUCAAAAACGGUUAUAGGUACCAUUUCUGUUUAUCAAAACAAAUAACCAGUCUUUUAUUCCUCCUGGAAUAAAGUUUGCAAAUGUGAAUUUUGAGAUUCUAAUCCGAUGGAACAGGUAGAUGUAACUAGGGAGAGCUGGACCAUCAACUAUCUCAGUCCCAUGCCAUGGUAGAGUUAGGGUUACUUGUUUUAAGUGUGAAGAUUUUCUUUGAUUCAGUAAAGUAGAAUACGUUAGGGAAGCUUUGUGUGUGUGUGUGUUUUCAAAGGGAAACCGGGAAGCCACUUUUUCCUGACAUCCUGAGAUACAGCUAACACUGUCCCACAAGUGAUGCUGCUGGGUACAACUUUGGUACGAAUAAUACUGCUUCCCAGAAUGUAGCAUCAUUUUGCACAUUAUAUGUAUGCUUGAUACAGAGUCCCAAGUCUUUUCUGAAUUAUAUAACAAGAAAUCUGUCAGUUUUCUGUCUACAUACUCUUCUGUCACCUGGUGUAAAGCUAUUAAAAACAAUCAAAAUUAAAAAGUCACAGAUUGAUUCACAGGUAUGUCCUUCCUAGUGAACUUUGAUGAGCUCAUAAAAGGAGAAGGCCCUGGGGACAGGGAUGAAGGCAGUUAGUUUUCUUGAUGCCAAAUUGAUGAACCUGUGACAUUGGUGAUAUCUGCAGGGCAGGACAAAAAAAAAUAAUGGCAGCUGCAACCAGGUAAUCAAUAAACUCUUCCCUCUGUUUAUUUGUAUCACAUGGUGCAGUCGUUCUACCAUCUUGGGCACCAGAUACAAUGCAGAUGAGAUAAGAGCAAAAACAAUCUUGCAUUUUACAUAUGUCAUUCCCAUCCAAAACUGUGGAGUGAGGGAGGGUCGAUGGUUUCAAAAUUUGAUAAAAGAAUUAAAAAUGUACUAUACUGCUCGUGCACCUGUGUCAGUUUUAUCUAAUUAAGUAGAACUGGGCCAGUCAUUUGCUCCAAAGCUAAAAGUUAUUCGCUGUGUUAAUGGUGAACUGAAGCUGUGAUUUGGUUCAUUUCAAUGUAUUCUUUCAGCUAAUCAUGGAAUGCAAGACACUAACACAAACUAAAAUACAUGUAUUUGUAUAGUUUGAGAAAACAGAAGUUUAGCAAUGUAAUUGGAAGGAUCUUGUAAAAAAAAAAAAAAGGAUGUUCCAAGAGUUAAACUUAUAUGUGUGAAUGUUAGACAACAGUUUAAUCUCUAUGUGAUUUUUAUGAUCGAUUCAAUGCAAGUCCUAUGCAAUCUUAUUCAGAUUUCAAUGAGGCUUAGUGACAAAUCGGUGUGCUAAACAGUGGCCAUUAUCCAUUUUAUUUGCAGUCUCUCCCUGGGAAAUAGCAUUGAAUCCGAUUGUGAUAAAUGGCAAUGGCACCAUUUUGUGUAUGAAACACACAGGUUCACAUUGUUUUAUGAUUUGAGCUUUGCCAUUUCUGCGUUCCAAGAGUAAACUUCUAUAUGUGAAUGUUAGACAACAUUCAAUAUCUCAUGUGAUUUUUAUGAUUGAUUCAAUGCAAGUCUUAUUGAGAUUUCAAUGAGGCUUAGUGGCAAAUUGGUGUGUGCUAAACAGUGGCCAUUAUCCAGUUUAUUUGCAGUCUCUUUCUCCCUGGGAAAUAGCACUGAUUCCGAUUGUGAUAAAUGGCAAUGGCACCAUUUUGUGUAUGAAACACAGAUUCACAUUGUUUUAUGAUUUGAGUUUUGCCAUUUCUGAAAUGGCUCUUAGGCUUGAUGCUCAACAAGGAAACAGUUUAUUCUAAUGUUUGUUCCUUUCUUGGACAAAUGCCGCAUUACACGCAAGGUUAGCUUUUUCUGUGCUCCUUGGUAUAUAGAAAAAACUGUACUAAUUGCUCCUCUGCUUUCUAUAUUCACCAUGUUAAUUAUUCUUUUUAUUUAAACUGACUCCAUUAAAACAUGACAAAUAAAAUGUUAAUAAGCCAA